AUGGCGGCUUCUGAGCCGUUUCCGUCCUGUUCUAGGGCGUGCUCGGCUGGGGUGGUUCUCCUCCUCUCCGUCAGAUCAGGCGACGCCGCUAAAACCAGGGCGCUUCUCCGCCGCCUCCCGUCGUCGGAAAACAGCAGCGAUGACCGCGUUCCUCCGCUGCACCCGGAUGCGACUCGCGAUGCUCGCGGUCACACCUCUCUCCAUGUCGCCUCGAUCCACGACCGUUCUGAGAUUGCUCGGCUCCUUAUCGCCGCCGGCGCCUCCACUGAGUCAGUCGUGACCUCCGGCGCCAACGAAGGAUUGACCCCCCUGCGACUAGCGGCGGAGCGGGGCCACCUAUUGACGGUGCGGGCCUUGCUCGAAGCGGGAGCUGACACCACCGCGGAAGAUGUGGUGGAUCGCGCCACGCCCUUGCACGCCGCGGCGUCUGCCGGGCACACCUCUGUGGUCGUCGAGUUGAUCCGGCGGGGCGGGGCGAAGCUCGAGGCUCGGGCCGUGUCCGGCCAGACCCCGCUACGGUGGGCGCUUAGCAUGGGUCACGUCGGCGCUGCGGAGGCUCUCUUGGAAGCCGGCGCAGACCCUGAUGCGCCGGACAGGCGCGGUGCCUGCUGCCUGCACACUGUGGCAGCUCUGAAGUCGGAGGAGGACGGUAGUAGUGCGUUUGCGGGGACGGGGGAAGGUUCUUCGUUGCCCGGAGACAUGGCCCAGCUCCUCCUCUCUGCGGGGGCAAACCCUAACCUCGGACGCGCCGCGGGGCGCGCGGGUCGCAUUCACCCGGGGAGGACCCCGUCGUCCACUGCCCUCACGCUUGGCAGCAUUAAUCAGAGUGGGAGCGGCGACAACAGUAGUGCUGCUGGUGCCCACGAUGGCGGCGGCCUGUGGAGCGGAAGCGGAAGUGAGUCGAGUGCGUCCGAGUCUCCUCUCCACGUGGCCGCUCGAGAGUCAAAUGUGAGAGUUGCUGAGUUGCUGCUCCUCCACGGCGCAGACCCUAACGCCAAGACCCCGAUGAGGGAGGGGGGAAUGUCGCCCUUGCACUGCGCCGCCUCCCGGCCCAUCGUCCGGAUGCUCCUGGCGGCGGGUGCAGACAUCAGCGUCGUGUCCGCGGAUGGGCUGACGAGCCCUCUGAAGCUCGCCUGCCUCAACGCCGCCGUGGGAUGCGUGAAAGAGUUGUUGUCGUGGGGUGCCGAUGACCUGUCUUGCGUUCCGCGGAGCACACCACCCUCUACGCUGCUGCUCUCCUCUUUGCCGUCGAUCUCGGAGACGGCACCGCCCUGCCCCUCAAGUGUGCCGCUGUCCGAAGCUUCCGCCGCCCAGCGUAUCAACGUUCCGCGCCUUGGCGGCCUCGUCGGGUCGCGUGUACCCGCUUCCGUGAGAGACGCGGCUGACUGCGAAGAGAUUGUGCGGAUGCUGUGCCAGGCGCCGGCAGACCGCGCUUGGAGGCGUCGAGGCUGGCUAGUCAUGCUGUACGCCAGAACAACGGCGGCAGUUGCCGCUUCAUCUACCUUGCGGGAACAGGUACCACCGCAGCAGCAGUGGGUGCCGUCGGCGAAGCGCAAGCGCGUUGUCGGGAAGAAGAGUGCUGUUGCGGAGAACGAAACGUCAAAAGAAUCGGGGGCUGUGAAAUUCCGCGACGUUGUUGGCCGCCUGUUCGAAGCCCAGGGUGACCAGUCUGUAGUCCGCCGCGUCAUCGAAUGGCUGUAA